AUGUCAGAAUUGCCACGACCAUCUGGGCGCCCCAACCGCCAGAUACGUCUCCCCAAGCGUUAUCGUGAUGAAGUUCCUGCCCUGCCAAUUCCUGCCCCACCUCUGGUUGCCCCAGAUGAGCCAGCACCAGCACCUGAUGACCCUGGUGACAUUGCCAUGGACUUUGAUGACAGACCAUCAUCGGAGCAUGCCCCCCCCCUACUGAGCAAUAUUGUACAGACACUGAUGCAUUCGACCUUUUUCGUGAAUACCCUCACUCAUUUCCAACAUACGACCCCGAACAUUCAGCAUACUUUGAUGCACUUUGUGACUCCUCAACAUUCCAGCAUGUUGAUGGGGACUGUUAGGUACCGUGCCAGCUCAAGAGGCAGAGGGGUUGGGGCUUGGCUUCAGCUCUUGCGCUGCGCCCUUAGCUGA